AUUUUUUCGCUAUUCAAAAUGGCACCGUCUCAAUCAGGAAGUGGAGAAAACAACUACGAAGAAUAAGUUGGAUAAAAUUCCUCGUUUCUGUUACUUUGACGCGGGUGUUCGCUCAAAAUCGGUUCGUGGGCCCGGGGUUUGGAUUGAGACCGAGUAACACAUUAACAGUCAUGGAGAGCAUUCGCCCCUGGUAAAGAGUACUGUCUUCUACACAGCCAGCUCGUGGGUAGCGGUCGAAAAAGGUGCAUAGUCAAAGUCAGCUGGUGGUCAUGUGUGAAGCUGUGGUCUGAUGCCCACCCUCCCCUCAGCGCUGGCCAUGGACGGGGAGAACUACCUGCAUCCAGAAGGCCCUCAGCUGGACGGUAGCUUGUUCUCUGCCCCCUCUAACCUGGAGAGUUCCAUGUAUGCCUCCUCGGGUCCCUGGGGAUCCUUCUCUCAGCAGGCUGGAUACAGCAUACACUGCCCUAUGCAAUCUGGAAACCAGCAAUACCACUUGAACAGCAGCACUACCGUCACCACUCCGGAUAUGCACAUGGACAUGUACUCGGGAUUCCCUGAUGUGGAUUUUCCCGGCCUCAACCUCCAAAGGAAUGGAGACUUCUCCCAGGACCUGUCCUGCAUUGAUGACCUCUCCACCAACUCUCUGUUUUCCUCUCCGGCUGACUCGCUGUCGGAGUAUGCUGAUGCCCAGUCCUUCAUCAGCACAGACCUGAGCUCGGUGCCCACGCUCUGGGACAUCAACACUAAUAACACAACCACACCAGCACAGAGCCAGUUAGAGCAAAAUGGCACCAAUAGGUUUCAAGGCCUGGCCAGUUUGGAUGAUAUAACUGCUAUUAUCACCACUCCACCUUUAGGAGGAUUCCAGGCUCCAAGAAACCAGUCGCAACCAGAGGAGGAAGAAGAUGCUGAGGAGGAGGAGACAGAGGAACUGGGACAUGUAGACACAUAUGCUGAGUACAGACCUUCCAAAUCCACUAUAGGAAUUUCUCAUCCUGACAUAGUGGUGGAAACCAACACGCUGUCCAGUGUCCCUCCUCCUGACAUCACAUACACGUUGUCCAUCCCAGAGUCAACUAUUAACAAUGGCCUGCUGUCCGCCCUGCAGCUAGAGGCUAUCAUCUAUGCCUGCCAGCAACACGAAGUGAUCCUUCAGAACAAACAGAGGGCAGGCUUCCUGAUCGGAGAUGGGGCAGGGGUCGGAAAGGGACGCACUGUGGCAGGAAUCAUCCUGGAGAACUAUCUUAAGGGAAGAAAGAAAUCACUAUGGUUCAGCAUAUCCAACGACCUGAAAUUUGAUGCAGAGAGAGAUCUCAAAGACAUAGAUGCGCCGAAUAUUCCUGUGCAUGCCUUAAACAAGAUAAAGUAUGGAGACACAGCUACCUCAGAAGGAGUCCUGUUUGCAACGUACUCUGCGCUGAUUGGAGAGAGCCAGGCAGGAGGGCAGCACCGGACCAGAAUCAAACAGAUCCUGGAUUGGUGCAAGCCAGACUUUGACGGAGUUAUUAUUUUUGAUGAAUGCCACAAAGCCAAGAAUGCCACUUCUACAAAGAUGGGCAAAGCAGUGCUCGACCUGCAAAACAAGCUGCCACGGGCCAGGGUGGUGUAUGCCAGUGCCACAGGUGCCUCUGAGCCAAAGAACAUGAUCUAUAUGAGCCGCCUGGGUAUCUGGGGUGAGGGCACGCCCUUCAGAAUAUUCGAUGACUUCCUGCACGCCAUUGAGAAGAGGGGUGUCGGCGCCAUGGAGAUUGUCGCCAUGGACAUGAAAGUUAGCGGGAUGUACAUCGCCAGACAGCUGAGCUUCUCAGGGGUGUCUUUCCGCAUCGAAGAGAUCGGUCUGGACAGUGACUUCAAAUUGGUCUACAACAAAGCUGCCAAACUGUGGGCGGAGGCGUUGCAAGUGUUCAUGCGUGCAGCUGAUGAGCUGGGCCUGGUCAGCAGGAAGUCUCUGUGGGGGCAGUUCUGGUCUUCUCACCAGCGCUUCUUCAAAUAUCUCUGUAUCGCUGCCAAGGUCCGCUGCCUGGUGGAGCUGGCCCAAAAGGAGCUGGAGGCCGGAAAGUGCAUCGUUAUUGGGCUACAGUCUACCGGAGAAUCACGCACCAGGGAAGUCUUGGAUGAGAAUGACGGGCAUCUUGACAGAUUUGUUUCUGCAGCAGAGGGAGUGUUCCAGUCUCUUGUAACAAAACAUUUCCCUUCGGAGAAACAGAGGAGGGAGAAGGCACCGGGGAAUAAAAGAAAACGGAAGCCUAGAGGUCGCCAGCCGAAGGUACCCAAGCACACGGUGGACAGCGGCGGUGUCAUCAACAUCACCGACGACAGCAGCAGCGACUCGGACGGCAUGGACACGGACUCCAACUCCUCACCAGACUCCCUGAACCUAGACAACGAUGACGUCAUCUUUGUGAACCACACUAGCUGUCAGACAGCCAGGAUAGAGGAGAUGAAGCAGAGCCUCCUCAACAAAAUAUCAGAACUGGGAAAAGAACUACCUCUCAAUACGUUGGACGAGCUCAUCGAUAAGUUCGGAGGACCCGAUAAAGUCUCCGAGAUGACUGGUCGGAAGGGCCGUGUGGUGAGGCGCCCUGACGGCAGCGUUCGUUAUGAGUCACGGGCUGAGCAGGGUCUCACUAUCGACCACAUCAAUAUCAAGGAGAAAGAUCGCUUUAUGUGUGGAGAGAAGUUGGUGGCCAUCAUCUCAGAAGCAGCCAGCUCUGGGAUUUCCCUGCAGGCGGACAAGAGAGUGAAAAACCAGAGACGCAGGGUCCACAUGACCCUGGAGCUGCCGUGGAGUGCAGACAGGGCCAUUCAGCAGUUUGGUCGAACUCAUCGGUCCAAUCAGGUCACAGCCCCAGAGUACAUCUUCCUCAUCUCAGAACUGGCUGGGGAGAGACGCUUUGCCUCCAUUGUGGCAAAGAGACUAGAGAGCCUGGGUGCGUUAACCCACGGAGACAGGAGAGCCACUGAAUCCAGAGACCUGAGCAAGUACAAUUUUGAGAACAAGUAUGGUACCAAGGCUCUUGAUAAAAUCACCAAAGCAAUUCUUGGCCACAUAGACAACAAGGUGCCCCCUCCCAAAGGCUACCCUGGGGGUGACGCCAUGUUCUUCAGAGACAUGAAAGUUGGAAUGAUGGAUGUGGGCAUCUUUUGUAAGGAGUCUCGCUUUGGAAUCAGUACGGAGAAAGACUGCAGCAUCACCAAGUUUCUCAAUCGCAUCCUGGGCCUGGAGGUCCACAAGCAGAACUAUCUGUUCCAGUACUUCACUGACAACUUUGACUACCUAAUUGAGAAGGAUAAGAAGGAGGGCAAAUACGACAUGGGGAUCCUAGAUCUUGCACCAGGUAAUGAUGAGAUUUACGAGGAGAAGCAGGAAACUUUCCUGACAGUUGGGAAUCCUCAGGAUGGUCAGGUUGUUCUAUAUAAGAUCAGCGUGGACAGAGGUAUGACCUGGGAUGAGGCCUACAACAGGUCACUGAAGCUCAGUGCUCCCGAUGAGGGAUUCUACCUUUCUCAGAAGCUGCGAGGUAACCAUCCAUGUGUGCUGCUGGCUGAACAAGGAAGAGGCAAGAACUUCAUUGUCUACAAGCCCAACAUCGGGAAGCAGACACACCCUGAGAGCCUUGACAACUUGCAUCAACGUUACCGGAAGGUGGCUCCUGAGGAAGCCAGGGACAUCUGGGAGAACCAGUUCACCUUCUCUUUCAAGAAGUGCAGUCACGCCAACUGGAAUGGGAAGUGUAAGAAAAUUGAGGAAGGCCAGGAGUGUCUGCAGGGUAUGCGUCUGCGUCAGUACCACAUGCUGUGUGGAGCUCUGCUGCGAGUGUGGAAGCGCGUGUCUGACGUGGUGUCUGACAUCACCAGCUCCAGCAUCUUGCAGAUCGUCCGCCUUAAAACUAAACAGCAUAACAAGCAAGUCGGCAUCAAGAUCCCAGAGAACUGCGUGGCCCGUGUGCGCGAGGAGCUCCUGCUGAUGGACGAGGAGGUGAAGAGGAGGCGAAAGGAGAGAGAGCAGCGUCUGGCUGAGGAGCACAGGCUGAAAAUGGACCAGACAAACAGACACCUCCUGGAUCUGUUCAGCCAGAAAACCAUGCAACCAUGCAACUCCCUAGCUCAGGCUAUCGCCCAGAACCAGAUCAUAAAACAGAAACUGAACCAAAACGCUCUGCAAAGGACUCAAGCUGGGGGCAUCGCUCAGCUGCAGAGAAUGCAGGCUCAAACGCAGUCCGGUUUAAAGCCCCCUCACAGCUUAAACAUGCUGGCCCUACAGAGAAAUCCCAACCAAACCCAGCAAAGGACCCACAACAGCUGGCCUAACCAUUCCACCUCCACCUCCUCCACCAACCAGGUCUCUCUAACCAACACAGGUAACCUUGGUUUCCCGCAGUUUGGCCCUCAGCACUUCCUCUCCCCCUUUCAACAGCCGAAGAACCGGGCUCUCCCACUCCACCAGGCCCCACUGUCUUCCAAGAAUCCCCUAGAUGAGAUCUUCGACCUGACCACGAGCUCACCGCCCCCCUCUUCAGACAGCGCUGAGAGCGGACUGAAUCUGGACACUCUGGCGGGAAACUCUGCCGCGUUUUCUGACGACUUCACUGAUCCUGAUCUCGCGCGAGUGCGCAGAUCUCUGCCCCUGCUCAAAUACAGCACGACUCCAGACCACAGCACACAAUCUCCUCACCGCACGCAACACAGCACACACACACAGCACAACGCACCCCCAUACCCCACAAGCUUAGACUAUGACCUGCCCCUUUCCCCACAGAUGCCCACACAAAAAGACAGCCCCUCGUCCUCGACCUCCCCCUCCACGUCCUCCACCUCGUCCGCCUCAAACAACCUAAUCCUCUUCUCGAACCCAUCCUCCUCCACCACCUCCUCCUCCUCCUCCUCUCUGUUUUCCACCUCUCCCUCCUGCUUCCCCAGCACCUUCACCCUCCCCCAGUCAGACUCCUUACCCAACGGCCACUGCAGCUCUGGCGCUCUCAACGUUCGCGAGGCCCUGAACAGCAUUCUGCAGGCCGGACCGGACCGCAAGUCCGUCAUUCAUUACCGGCAACAAGACUAAGAGCUUCGACAGACACGGCUGGACUGGACUUUUAUCGUUAGGUUUUGGUUUUUUUUGUUGUCGUUUCAAGCAGAUCGGUUCUUGUUUGCUGCUGUCUAUGAUCACACCCUUGGACCUACUCCCUCUCCCCUCAGGGCCUAUAGUCAAGUCACUGCCUGUCCUGCGCUGGGCUCUCACCCUCCUCUCUAUCCACCUGUAGCGAUCACCUGUCUAAGGCUCUCGAGGUGACGCUCUUGAGGCUCGAUCAAUAUCAGAUUUCUGCACCAAAGUGCGUCCUCCACAGUAAAAGGCAGCUGUUUAAAAAAAAAAAAAAAAAAAAAGAGAGAAAAAAAAAAGGAAGUGAAUGAACAUGUGAAGACUGUAUUUCAUUGAACACGCGAGCUGUCAAAACACGAGCUCAUUCAGUGAGGUGUGGAAAUCUUUAAUAAAAAAAACUCCCGCUGCUGAUUUUUACGAGGUAUGAUUGGUGAAGUCGCUGGAAGCUCUACAUGCCUUUCACCGGUUAAAACCCGCAUCGUUAGACUCUGCUUUACUGUUACUUCGCUUCAUGGCUGUUCUUUCCCGGACGAAAACUAAAACAAAACACGUAUGCAAGGCUUGGUUUGAAAACAAAAGAAUAGUGUUGAACUGGAAGACAUAAAUAAAAUAAAUAAAAAAUAAAAAUAAUAACACAAAAUCUUUUAGCUGACUAGCCGUGAAAUGCCUCAGUUUUCAUUCUUCUUCUUCUGCGCGCUCCCUCUUGUUUCUCUCCCUGCUUGUAUGAACACUAGUGUGAGGAAAAAGGGAGAGGAAGAGCAGUCUGCUGUUGCAAACAGUGCCUUCGGAGAAAUCUAUAAAUGCAGUCUUUUAAAUCCAUGUAGCCUAAUGUAUAGAUUUGUACUCCUCAGCGUUGGUUUUAAUUUUAAUUUAAUAUGGUAUAUUUGUAUUUAUCUUUUAGCCCCCUCUGUCAGUUGUUGUUUGUGUUACACUAUGCUGGUGUUGGGUUUUUCAUUUAGCCUGUAUAUGCUUGUAUGAUCGUUUGUGCAGCCGCUCUUGGAAGAAGAGCAGCAGACUUGUCCUUUUAUCUGUGUCCUUCCUGUCCCAGGUGAAAUGACAGUGUGCUAGGGGAUCAGUAAUCUGACGCGCCAGAUGGUUUGUUACAGAUUCUGUGAUCUCGUGAGAAUCCCGUGAGCAUCCAGUUGCCUCUCAAGGUAAGGGGAUCAGGGAGAUUAUUGAGCUGCACGGAGAAAAACUGUGUCCAAAUAUGUUAUAUACCCCAUUUAUUCUCUCUUUUAAAGCUGACAAAUAGCGUUUUUUUUUUUUCGGACGUGACUCCUGUUUUGUUUUGAUUUGGAAUUCCUCAGGAAAGUCUUGAGUGUAUAUUUUCUUCGUGUGUGUGUGUGUGUGUGCGUGCGCUCGUGUGUCAUUUCGACCAACACGGAUAUGAAAAUGUGUUUUCAGUCUUUAAUUCCAGUGAAUAACAAAAGAAUUUUCAAGCCCUGUCAUUUUUGCUAAUGGGAGUAAACCUCUUCCAGCAACAUAUUACGACAUCCAACAUUUAUUCAGUAUCUUAUAAAAAAAAAACAACAAAAAAAAAAAAUCUGUGUACAUCUCCGGUGUUUAGGCUGUAAAACCUGUGACAUCUGGCCAUCUUCGUGUGGACACCAUGCACUGUAGUCAGUUGGGGACAAAAUGCCGGGAGGGGUUCAGCUGAUCAAAAAGCAAUAAAACCGUAUUCUACAUUUGUUAUGAGACAGAUAAGCCUAAGUACUGUUUACGCUCAACAGGCAAAGCUCUGUGGUGACCUUUGCAUGGUAUGAACCAUUUUAUUUCUGUCGUGCUUCAUAGUCUUUGAGUUGAACACAUUCUGAAAUGCAUACAACCUUUGUAAAGUACGUUUUCACACGAUGAGCGCAAUGCGCUCUUGAUGUUUUAGUCAUCGUUAUUAUAAAGGUUAUUGUUAUUUAUAUUUAAGGGAUAUUUAGAUUUUAGACACGUUAUCUUGCUUAUUAUGAUAGUUAACAAGAUGUUUGGUCAGGGAAGUUACUAGUUUUCAAGAUUGCUAUAAAACAAAUUCUAUUAUAACCUGCCACCAAAUAAGAUUGCACUGUUCUGUACUGCUGUACAGUGUCUGGAUUUAUUUCUGCUUUUCACUUUUGCUUUCCUCAAGUACAAUUGUUUCUCCAACUUGUAGACCUUUGCCAGGCCUUCAGUUCGCAGAGAGAUACCAAAGUAUUCCACAGACACCCCCUAAAGUUACUGGCUCUAAGAUAUCAGACCUUUUAUCAAACUCAGGAAGAAACCUACAAGACGAGUAACGGCGGGGCGUUAGCAGAAAUAUAUAUCAUUUCCCCUCAUAACAGUGGUGAAACUAAUGAAUUCAUGUGCUAUUUUUUUUUUCUCCUUGACUGUGCUGUGACACUUGCUGUAUUUAUGUUUUAGACUAAAUGUGAUGGGUUUGUCGUUUGUCCUUGUGAAGAUGUCAGUGAUUCUAAAUGUUUAUGCCUUCUUAGGGCAAAGAUCAAAGGCUGUUUCUUGUUAAGGACAUUAUUUUUCUGUGGACAGUUUUAUUUUUUAUUUGUCUCGCAGCUGUUGGACAUUUAAUUCAUGUUAACGUCGACAGAUUCUUGGGUCAAUUCGCACCUGGGUUAAACUGCAAUGUGCAAUGGAUCUGUCCAAGCCUUCGCCUUUCCCUCAGUGUGACAGAUGUUUAGGAUCGGACUGACUCGCUCACAGUAUCUCAGAUCGUUGUUUUUUUAUUAUUAUUGGCAGAAUCCUUUCACAGCGUCUUUAGUUAAUUCAUUUAUUUUUUAAUAUUCCUCAUUACCCACAUUCCAAGUCAUCAGUCGGCAAAAAAAAUUGCCUUUAUGUGUUUUAUAGUCACCCAAAUACAGCUUUAUGCAUUUAAGGGAUAUGGACAGCAAUUUUAGGAAAAAGGCUUUUUUUCCCCCCCACCAAGAACCCCGUAUUAGGUAGGCCUUUAGUCAUCUUAUCAUUUUGCACUAAGAAUGGCAUAAUCAAGUUACUGUUGUUGACUAUGAUUGAGCAUUGCAAGCUUGUUGUGUUUCUGUUCUUUGAUGGAUUGCUCUAUGUAUACUGUAACCAUCUCUCUCGUUUCUCCACCAUUUGCAUAUUAUAUAAAUGUUAUCACUCUCAAAUAAUUUAUUGCUAACAAAAAAAAAUUAAACAAAAAACAUGCUACUGAUUGUAUGUAUUUUUAAACAAAGCCUAUUUUUUCUGUAAAAAAAAAAAUGUGUUCAGCACUUUUAUUCUGGGUUGUGCUUUUGUUUUCUAUAUAUUUAUAAUUUAGAUCCAAAUGUAUAUAUUGUAAAAUUUGUGCCUUUCGACUAAUUCUUUAAAAAGGUUUUUCUACUCAUUAAAGGAAGGACUAUAUGAAAUUGCAAUCUUAACUUUGUAAACAAAUAAAAACUUGAAGAUUGCUGAA